AUGAAGAAAACUUCAGAAGAAUUAGCAGAAUAUUUUGAUCAAUUGGCUUUACAAAUUCAACAGUUAAAUGAAGGAUGUGAAGUUAUUGGUAAUGUGCUUCAUAAUUGGCAGAAUGUAUUUAAUUUUGUUCAACCUGGAUCACAGGAUGACGCAGAACAAGCAAAUAGGAAAGAUCUUUACGAAGAGCAUCAACGUAAAAAAACUAAUCCCAAAGAACUUAUUCACAUACAAAGAUUAAGAGAAGAAGCAGAAAAAUUACAAGAAAGACAGGAAGCAAUAGAAAAUGGAGAAGAUUAUGAACGAAAGAAGUUUUGGGAGUACUCAGCAGAAGCUGUAGAAAAAUGGGAAAAGAAACAACAAAAGAAAUUGAAAAGGUCUUCUCCAUACGAUCCAUACAUACCUAAGGAGGGUGCUGCUGGUGGUCCACCUUCAAAAACUUUAGAAAUUCAAAAAAAAAUAGACGAGACUGUAGAAGUUAUGCGUGAUAACCUUAAAUCUGUUGCUGAAAGAGGAGUGAAAUUAGAUACUUUACAAGAUAAAACUGUGCCAAUUGUUCUCAAUCAAAAAUAA